ACUACUGUAUCAGUAUUGGAGCGGAUUUUGUAGCGUCUACUGACAUAUCGAUUAGUUCAAAUUCUAAUAGUAACGUUCAUAUAAAAAAAAUCUUUGAAAUGUUUAUAUUUGUAUUACUGUUUCUGUUAUCUUGUGUGUACUAUGUAUAUUUUCGGCGAAUGAGGAAACCAUUGUAUGAGCUGUCCGAAAGUUUGCCCAACACAGGAUGUUUGCCGAUUAUUGGACACACGCAUUGGUUUUUAGGAGGUCCAGAAAAGGUUUUAAAAAAUAUUCAGCAACUAGCUAGCCUCGUUGAAGAUUCAGGUGGGAUUAGCAAGGUAUGGAUUGGUCCAUCUUUAUACAUAGUUUCUUUAAAUCCGGAUGAUGUUCAGAAGAUUUUGGAGAACUGUUUACAAAAGGACUCGUCGUACAGAUUUCUGCAAAACUGGUUGGGAAACGGUCUCUUCGUUGCACCAGUGGAUCUAUGGAAAGCACAUCGUAGGGUCCUACUGUCUGUAUUUCACAACAAAAUUAUUGACGAAUACGUCGAUGUGUUUGGCGAACAAGGAGAGGUAUUGGUGGAACGUCUAAAAGAGCAAAUAAACAAACCGGAAUUCGACGUGUACAAAUAUAUCACAUCAUGUAUGCUGGAUAUUGUGUUUGAGACAGCAAUGGGCGAGAAAAUGGACGUUCAACACAACCCUGAUACGCCAUACUUGCGAGCGCGGAACGCUGUGAUGUCAAUAAUUGGGAUGAGACUGUUCAAAGCUUGGAUGCAACCGGAUGUACUCUUCAAUCUCACCCCGUAUUCCAAGCAACAGAAGGAAAAUAUAGAUUUAACGCACAAGUUUACAGAUGAGGUAGUAAGAAAAAAAAGAAUGCUUCACGAAAAGAACGGCCCUGAGAAAAAUCUCGGACGUCGGGAUCUUUUGCAACUGUUACUGGACCGAGAGACGAAGUUCACAGACGAAGAGCUGCGGGAUCAAGUCGACUCUAUUACGAUUGCUGGCAACGACACGACAGCUUUAGUCAUAUCUUAUGCUCUUCUGUUGCUGGGCUGCCAUCAAGAGGAACAGGAGAAAGUUUAUGCAGAAGUAAAAGGCAUUUUUGGUGAUUCAUCAAGGCACCCGACAAAAGCGGAUCUGAAUAAAAUGGACCAUUUGGAAAGAGUUAUUAAGGAGACCAUGAGAUUUUACACAGUCGUCCCGAUAAUUGGCAGACAGACGCAAAAGGAACUAAAACUAUCUACUUGUACAGUCCCUGCCGGCGUGGGCUGUGCUGUGUUGCCGUUCGCAAUGCACAGGUCUAAACGGAUCUGGGGACCUGACGCUGAUUCUUUCAACCCUGACAGGUUUUUACCUGAAGCAAGUGCGAAGAGACAUCCAUGUUCCUAUAUACCCUUUAGUUAUGGAGCUAGAAAUUGUAUAGGACGUCACUUUGGAAUGAUUGUAAUGAAGAGUGUCCUUGCAAAUGUUCUAAGAAAUUACAAAAUUACAUCCAGCAGUUGCGGUCGUCUAAAAAUUGAAAUACUCCUGUUUCCAGUUUCAGGACAUAUGAUUACUAUCGAAAAACGUUAAACCCCAGAAGUUAAAUAUUUAAAGUACUUAGGACCUUACUUAUUUAUGUAAAAACUUUAUUAAAAAUUAAAAAAAACAAGAUUUGAGCCUUUUGUAUUACUUACCAUUUUUUUAUUUAGAUAUGUUUAGGUACCUAUUAUAAAUGUUUACAAAAAAAUUUUAAAAUCGAUAAAUCUGUUCAAAACUAAUGAGUU